AACCAGCAGAAGGCAGAGAAGCCACGUUGGUUGAUUCGGUUCGCAUUCCGCCGUGCUCCUCAGUACAGUUAUGGCUUUCGACAGAAGUGGUUUGUAGUGUGACGCAUAGUUCGUAGUACGUUCGGUUGGAUCCGUUUCGUUUUCUUUUUGCAGACGGUUUUUGGGUUCGAUUUCGUUGCCGUCCGUCAGUUUUGUGUUCGCUUUACCUCGAGAGUUCGAGCGUCGAUCGGCAUCGUCGUCAUCGGGUAUCGCGCGUCCACCGCCGAGGAGAGUGUGAGCACAGAGCAGGUAUCGCGCGCGCGUGUGUGGUGAAGGCGGUAGCAAGAAAGGGGCGAUUGCUUUGAUGGAAUCGUCUUUCUGAACACAGCGAAGGAUUCUGCGAGUGUUUUGAUUUGGAAAUAGUGUCGAGGAUUGCGAGUGCUGAAAGUUGCUGGCGGAGGAGAAGAACGAAGACAAGGAUAGUAACCUGGAUUAAGUGCAACCUCUAUAAAGGAAUUAUACUGUGAGAAAGGCAGUGUGGAAGAAUUUAUAGAAUUUUCGCAAUCUUAGUGGUAUGCAGAGUGAAACCAAGUCUUACGAAAAGAUUUCAACAGCUCUCUAGAAGACAGAACUCGGCGCAAUAGGUGGUUGUUAGUUGUUUUUGAGUCAAUAGCGCGAUAGAAGCAGUCCGUGAGUGAUUUACCGGCAGUUAGUGGUGUAAUAAUUAUCAGAUCAAGUGAGUCAAAUGAUGGUCCUCGGAAUGGAAAAUGAAUCGUAAGCUCGUCGAAGCUACAGGAAAAUUCAUGUGCUAACAGUGUGAUAUUCGAUACAAAACCGAGAAAACAGCAUCAAGAUGGCUCAUUCAAGCCAUUGAGAGCGUAGCGUGAGAAGCAUUCAGGAAUAGCAACGGAAGAUUUAUUGUGCUCUGCUAAAUAUAUUUUAAGAAAGCUUUCGCGGUAUUAACCCAAUUCGCUGGUAGUUGUGUAAAUAGUGUAGCCUUCUCGUCCUUUAAAGUAUAAGAAAAUCGCGUUACGAUGGAUACGUUGAACUCGUCAACGCCCGCCACAGUUCCGAGUGGGUCCGAUCUAUCCCGACUGUUCGCGAACAAACCGGAAGAUGUGGUACCGUCGAGUUCCACAACGCAACCGCAACUGAUUCCGGUGACGGUUUCACCGAACGGAACCGCGACGAUUCCCGCCACGCUAACGUUCGUAAACCACUCGAGUACGGUUGCGUUGGCCACGGUUGCGGCGGCUGCAGCUGCUGCGGCCGCUUCCGGUUCCGGUUCGUCAUCGUCCGCGUCAAACCUUGCGCUACUCGGUGCCGCGUCCGCUGCCCAAAAUGGCCCUGCCAAUAAAAAGUGUCCGUACCAUCGGCAGUGCUAUCGGAAUCAUCAUCAUCAUCAACAGCAGCAGCACCAACAACAGCAACAACAAAGCGGACGAAGUGGCCGAACGGUGAGCGUUUCGGGCGGGGCCGGUUCUACGGCUCUGUAUCCGCAGCGGGAUGCCAUCUCCAGCAAUGUUACGCCACCGUUAAAUGCAGCUGUUCUGGCCGAACGCUACCUACUGCUGGACAGUGUCGAAGGUAGUUCGCUAUAUCGCUGUAUCGACAUCAAAACUCAGGAAGAGCUGGUUUGCAAGAUUGCCAACAACCCUUGCUCCAACCUACUGACAGCUCAUUUUCGUCUGGAUGGUCAUCCACAUGUAAACUAUCUGCACAAAGUGAUUCAGGGAAACAACCAAACGUAUCUAUUCUUCGCCCCAUCACAGGGUGAUCUUCAUUCGCAUGUUCGCGUCCGGAAGCGACUGCGGGAGCCGGAAGCACGCCGACUGUUCCGUCAGAUGUGCGAAGUGGUCAAAACGUGCCACGAGCAGGGCAUCGUACUGCGUGAUCUCAAGCUGCGAAAGUUCGUGUUCGCCGACAGUGAAAGAACUCACCUGAAGCUGGAAUCGUUAGAAGACGCCGUCGUAUUGGACGAUCCCAGUGAAGACCUCCUGCAGGAUAAACGAGGCUGUCCUGCCUAUGUGUCGCCGGAAAUCCUAAGAGCGAACACCACCUACUCCGGAAAGGCUGCCGAUAUGUGGUCCCUCGGAGUGAUCCUCUACACCAUGCUGGUCGGAAGAUAUCCCUUCAACGACUCGGAGCACGCAUCGCUGUUUGCGAAGAUCAGCCGCGGUCAAUUCACCGUGCCGGACUGCCUCUCGUCGAAGGCCCGCUGCAUGAUUCGCGCCCUGCUCCGGCGGGAACCGGAGGAACGGAUAGCGUCGGAGGACGUCCUGUACCAUCCGUGGCUGCAGCACGACGACACUCGCGAUCAGUUGACGUAUGUGAGCAGCAGCCGCUCGAGCUCGUCCGGUGGUGCCCAUCAGCAGCAGCAGGACGACCAAUGUGUACCGGAGUGGAUCGAUCCCACCGGCAGUGAGGACGAUGCCCCUGGGCACAGGACGGGACGGUUCGGUAUGGAGGCGAACCGGUUCGAGGACGGCGAGGUGGUCUAAGGGCUGUGAACGGUAAUGAUGUAUGGUUCAUGAUGUUUCGUGGGAAUCUUCCAAGAUUCGUCGAGGUCGCAAGCACUUGUUUUUAAGAACGCAAUUACGUUAUCUUUAUCCUAUCAACUGUUCAUCUUUCAGCUUCUGCCUUUUUGGCGUAGGAGUUCGAUUAGUUUUUAGUUUUUUUCUUACAAUUUAAGGAGUAUUGAGUUUUAUUUAUUAAUUUUUAGAAAAUUGCCAGAAUAGGAGGAGCUCGCGUUGAUCCUCGCGAAUUAUUUUUAUUUGCUGAGAAUGGGCGGAUAUUUGCAUUCUGAAACAAAGAAAUGCCACUGGUCAGUGUUAGUUUUUGUGACAGUCGGCAGGAGAUGAUCUCAGCUGGUUUCAUGAAUAGAGAAAAAAAAAGUUUGUUCAGCCCUCCUUUGUCCACUGUGUGAUCGUACAAAUAUCGUGAAUAAUUGCGAUUCGAGGAUCCAUUUUCUCAAUGAAUUAUCAGUUUUGGAAAAGUGAUUCUGAGAAAGAUUCUCUGUGAUAUAUGUUUUUCAUACUAAAUUUUUAACCAAAAUUGUCAUGAAAUACAUCAUAGAGGGAUUCGCUAUAAAACGCAACCCAAACCGGUCAAGCUUUUUAUAUGGCUUCUUUAAAUCUAUGCUUCAGUGCAAUUUUUAUUUUUUUCCCUACUCUACUCUGGUACUAACAAAAAUUGUACUUCCCAUAAUACAUCUAAGCCUCUUCUAGUUUUCUUUCUUUUUACAUUGUUAACGAUUGAUGAAUUACAACGUUGUAUGAAGUUGAGUAAAUUUAAUAACUUAUUGAAAAUUACAUCCUUGUAGACCAUAACACAACAGACUGAAAUCUACGAAACGUUUUAAGUUUUUUUUUAUAUAGUAAGAACGUUCUUGUGAGAGAUAAAUCAUAAAAUCACACAACUCAAUAAUGAUUGAGCGAUUUUUAACCCGUAACCACAGAUUUAACUUUUCCGUUGUUUUUCUUCCUUCUGUUAAUUUCAAAAAAGCAUAUCAUAUAAAACUGGAAACACUAUGGAAAAUCAACAAUUCCAGUGCUGGAGUUUAGUUUUAGCUAUUAUUGCACGCCAGGAACGCAUAAGUUCUUGAAAAGUUGAUAUCGUGGCUGUUUCCAGUUUUAAAAUUAUGUCAUCUUUACUGUGAAAUAACAAAACUUCAGCAACAGGACAAAAAAUUGUGAUAUACCGAAAAUGAUCGUCUCCUUUUUAGGCCUCUAUAUGAUGAACACCUUUGAGUAAAAGCUGUAUAUAGAUAGAAAAAAAGAGUUACUAUGCAGAAAAGGGACGCAGGAUAUCUCCGACUCUGCUGAGAUUUUCUUCCAAGUGGAGAUAUCCUCCUAUCCAUUUUCAUAAUAUAAUAUUAAAACUUGUGAUGUAACAAAGAGAAUUAUUUUAAAAAUUUCUAUUAUUUUCCAAGAUUAUUUUUCUUUUAUUUCCUAUUACAUAAAAUAGCAAGCCAAUCAAAUCUUCCGUUCGAAAUCCUGAAUUCUUCCUAAAUAAGUAGGUUUUAAUACGCGUAGUCUAGAUAGAGUUUUAUGGAGUGGAUUGCUUACCAAAACAAUGUUUGAGGAAACAAAGAGUAAAAUGGAAUACAAAAUAGUAAGUUUGGUGAGCAAUGAAUAGAUAGAGCGUACACACAAAGUAAAUUAAUGUAAUUAGCAAUUGUGGAUGUGAAGAAUAAAAUUAAUUCGUUAACAAUAA